AUGAUUUCCAGAAAUAUUAUAAAAUUAAACUAGGUUGUUUUAAAGGGAGCAAGAUGCUUUUCUUCAAACCAAACAUAAAAUAACACAUAAACUAACUAGGAAGCUAAUUUUGGAUACAAGAAAGUUGAUAUUAACUAGAAGUAGUCAAUGGUUAACUAAGUCUUUCACUCAGUUGCAGAUAAGUAUGAUCUUAUGAAUGAUAUAUUGAGCUUAGGUAUUCAUAGAUGCUGGAAGGAGGAAUUUGUUAACGAUUUGGGUGUCUUAAGACCAACCAAGAUACAAGAAAAGGAUUAGGUAAUUGAAUAGCCAGCAAGAGUUCUUGAUGUUGCAGGAGGUACUGGUGAUAUUGCCUUUAGAAUCCUUGAUAAGCAUAAAUCAAGAAGUUCACUUAAUUCAAAAAAUUUAAAGGUUACUGUAUUAGAUAUAAACGAAAGUAUGCUCGAAGUAGGUAAAAGAAGAGCACUUGAAAAGAGCUUUUCAAACAAUGAUAUUGAUUUUGUAUGCGGUAAUGCUGAAAUCCUCCCAUUCGAAGAUAAUACAUUUGAUGCUUACACUAUCGCUUAUGGAAUUAGAAAUGUCCCUAGAAUCGAAAAGGCUUUGAGCGAAGCCCAUAGAGUUCUUAAGAAAGGUGGUAGAUUAAUGAUUCUUGAAUUUUCUAAAGUUGAGUAAUUCCCAGUUAGCGAAAUUUACAAGUAAUAUAACAUGAAUAUUCUUCCUUUAGUUGGUAAGUAUGUAGUUGGAGAUGCCGAUUCAUACUAAUACCUUGCUGAAAGUAUUGAUAAAUUCCACGAUUAAUAAACUUUAUUACGUUUAAUUGAAGAAGCUGGAUUCAAAUUUGCUUCAUACAAAAAUUUAAGUUUUGGUAUCUCUGCUAUUCAUACUGGAUUCAAAAUUUGA